UCAAAAUAGGUGCCCAAAAGGAGAACAAGAGAUUCAAAUUGGCGAAAUAGUUGAAGUAAGGAAUUGGAACAGAAUUAAAGGCGGCAUAGAAUGGUUAUUGGCAAAAAUUGUAGAAAUCGAAAAUGGAAAGUAUAAAGUUCAAAUAAUAGAUAGUCCACUUUUUGGGUCAAUGUUUAUUCGGUCUUCAAAUGAAAUAAGAAAAUAUAGUAGUGCUAAUGACAACUAUAAAAUUAACGAAAUUGUUGAGGCGAAAAACGACAAAAGAACAGGAGAAACUAAUUGGAUUAAAGCAAAAAUAUUAGAAAUUAAUCAGGGAAAUAAGUAUACUUUAGAAGUUGUAGGGAAAUGUAAAUUGAUUGGAGGUAUAAUUAAUAGAAAUAUUUAUAGUAUGAGGAAAUUUAAAAUUGAAAAUUUUCAAGUCGGUGAACAAGUUGAAGUAUGUAUUUAUGAUAAUAUUGAUGACAAAACUGAAUGGGUAAAGGCUGAAAUAUUAGAAAAACAAAAUGGAAUUUAUAUUUUGGGGACUGGAAUAUAUAUAUUAGAAGAAUAUCCAUAUAAUAUAAGAAAAAUUACAUCUGGAUAA